AUGACCGAGCUUCUCACUUUGCCCGCCAAUUCUGCGACUCUGUUAGAGCCUCGGCUCCCUCCGCCAGAGCCCUCAACAACACCAUCCCGGCCGUUCGUCACGCUCACCUUUGCAACAUCGCUUGACUCGUCCCUGUCCCUUGCCCCCGGCGUUCGGACCCGGCUCUCCGGGCCCGGAUCCAAAGCUAUGACCCACUACAUCCGCUCACGCCAUGCCGCCAUCCUCAUCGGGGUCUCCACCCUCCUAGCCGAUUCGCCUGCUCUGAACUGCCGCAUCGCGGGCGCUGCAAGCCAGCCCCGUCCCAUCAUCAUUGACCCCCAUCUUCGCUGGACUCCUGACGCCGCGGAUAAGGUCCUCGAGCUUGCCCGCCUUGGCCAGGGCCUAGCCCCCUUCGUCCUGACCGCAGUGGAGGCGCAGUCGUUGCCUGCCGCGAGCGUCGCCCUCCUCGAACGACUUGGAGGAAAGUAUAUUCCCCUAGCAGCCACCUCAUCUGGUCCAGGUGGGAGGAUGCGCUUUGAUUGGCACGUCGUAUUUGACGUGUUGUUCCGGGAAGGCUUGUUGAGCGUUAUGGUUGAGGGGGGUGGCCAAAUCAUCAACUCUUUGUUGGACCCAAGCUUCCACGCCCUGGUUGACUCCGUCAUCGUCACCAUUGCACCCACCUGGCUAGGCCAAGGGGGUGUCGUCGUAUCUCCAGAUCGCACCCACGACUCCGCAGGCAUUCCCAUCCCGGUUGCAAGGCUAUCGGAUGUGUCAUGGCAUCCCUUUGGCGAAGACGUCGUUUUAUGUGGGAAGCUGCAUCCCUAG